AUGGCUCGCAUACUCCCCCUCCAGGCCGAUGCCAUUUCGCAGAUCCACUCCUCCAAGCACAUCACCAGCAUUCAAGAUGUAGUGCUGGCUCUGCUGGAGAACAGUCUCGAUGCCGGAUCCAAUAAGGUGGGCAUCACAGUUGACUUUCGACGUGGAGGCUGCAGUGUCGACGACAAUGGAUCAGGUAUUGCUUCCGCAGAGUUCAUGGCGGAUGGUGGGCUGGGGAAGAUGUACCAUACGUCGAAGCAUAGGUCGACCGUAGCUGAGCCGCUGCAUGGGACCUCCGGAACCUACCUCGCCUCUCUCGCUGCGCUUUCACUACUGAGCAUCAGCUCGUGCAAAAGCGAAGAGGAAGGCAAUGCUACUCUAACGAUGCAUCAAGGCAAGAUCAUUGCACGGCAGGUCGCUCCAGUCGAAGAGACAUCGUACUCGACGGCACAAGGCACACGAGUCAUCGUCAAAGAUCUUUUCGGCAACGUGCCUGUUCGAGUGAAGCAUCGAGCUCUAACUAUGGACGAUUCAUCUAAGGAGGACCGGACGUGGCAUGAGCUCAAGCGAAGUGUUGUCGCACUACUUCUUGCAUGGCAUCGGCCUUGCUCUGUCAAAAUGCGUGAUGUAGAAGCGGAGCGUAAGACAGUGCAGCUUUCAGCACAGCAUCCUGCAGUCAGCAACGCCUUGACCGAGCGAAGCCUGAACAAUCUUGGUGCGUGGACGAAGUUCGAUCUCAGAGACGCACUACCUGUUCUGGUACAAGCUGGGCUGGUGCCAGCGGAAGUACGAACUACUUGGAUCCCAAUCUCCGCCUCCUCGCCCAAAGUCUCCAUCAAAGGCGCAAUCAAUCUGCAACCGGCACCGACGAAGCGAUGCCAAUUCAUCAGUAUCGGCAUUCAUCCAUGUCGUUCUGAUGUAGCUCAAGGUGACCUGUAUGAUAUCGUAAACAAAGUAUUCGUCAACAGCAGCUUCGGGUCCGUCGAGGAUGCUGGCACACCGCUGGAUGAGGUGGAAAAGGAUCGUCGCAAGCGUGACCGCCGGUACAAGAACGACGAGUACACACAGAAGCAGCUCCAUGGAAGGAAAGGUGUCGACAAAUGGCCGAUGCUCGUAAUACAGGUGAACUUCAAUGACAAGCAACAGCCUAGGAUGAACGCGGAGAAUGUGAACGAUGGCAAUGUCAAAGCCAUCAGCGACAUUCUGGAGGCUACAGUCACACAGUGGCUUGAAGCACAUCACUUCCGGUCGCGUAAACGUGGGCGCCGGAAGAACCAAGACCAGACUGGUGCAGCGGCUCCAUCAAGCUCGCCUCAGGUCUUUGAUGCUCGAUCAAAGUCUACAUUUGAUGAGAAGGCCAGCCUGUCAACACCAGGGCUGAAGCGAACGAGAACAACCGAAAGUGCAUCCACAUCAAAGAAGCGGAGGUACGUCGACAUUGAAGGGAACACUCGCCGUUUGAACCAGGAGAGACCGGCCAGCGUACCGAUGCCAACGACUGAUUUCAACUCCUGGAGUCGUAUCAAGAGCGGCAAGCGAAACUUUUACGACCAGUUGUGGGAAAAGAAACGACCUCCAGUUUCGCCGGGCAAUACUGCUGGCCUCACGAAAACAACUUUCAAGCCAAGAUUCAAUCUUCCGCCUCUUGACGUUGGCGCUCUGAGCGAGCCACGCAAGCAAAGCAGAGACGCCAAACACAGCACUCCUCAAUCCACCACGCGAAGGCCGCCACGGCCUGCUACUGAGCCUUGGAGCUCAAGUGAUGACUAUGGCAGUAUCGAUACUGAAGACCUCGCGGUUGCUGUGAAACUUGCAGAGCGUAAUCUCGGUGCAGAAGGCAUGGCCAACAAAAGUAGCGCUGCUCUCCAUGGCUCCCAUCAAGAUGAUCAUGAAGCAAGAGCCGACGACAGCAUAGAGUGGACAGACCCAGCCACGAAACAGGUGUUCAGAGUGAACGCACGUACAGGGGUAGUGCUACCCACACGUCCUGCGUCGCGGUCAAAUGACACCCCACGACCACCUGUGCACCAGCCACCGACCCGCCGUAGCGCAGCGAUUAACACCUUUCUUACGUCCGUGGGCCAGCCCUUGAGCCUUGCCAGACGUCCUCGGACAGCCACCGCCAAUACUGAAACCUCCUGGCUUCCAGGCUUUCUGAAGGAAUGGGACAACCCAGUAUUCGCGCGUCAGAAUGAAGAAGCCAUACCCGUCGCUUCGAUCGAUGGGCCUGGGCUGGACGCAGCUGAGCUUGUCGACAAAAGAUGCAACCACCAUGACCACGCGAAGGCAUUCUCAGAAGUGGGUGCGGGAGGAACAGCCCAGCUCACUAAGUCUGCGUUGAGAAACGCGAGGGCCGUCAGGCAGGUAGAUCGAAAGUUCAUCCUAUGCCGGACGUCGGCUGGGAAGCCAGGCUCCGAGAACGAUCUGCUGGUACUUGUUGACCAACAUGCGGCUUCGGAGCGGGUCAUAUUGGAAAGGCUGCUGGCCGACAUAUGCUCUUCAGAUAGGACCACCGCUUUGCUGGACAAGCCCAUCAGGUUCGAGGUCUCCGCCGCAGAGCAUCAGCUUCUCGCUCAACAGACCAAACGAUUUGCCGACUGGGGCAUCAGCUAUGAUCUAGUGCGGCGGCAAAACGAGAUGACCGCCUCCCAAGUGCGACCACCAAAAGAAGAACACCUCCUCACCGUCAAAUCCCUCCCACCAGCCAUCGCCGAACGCUGCGCCCAGUUCCCAAACCUCAUCGUCGACCUCCUCCGCACCGAGAUCUGGUCUCCCACCACGUCCAUGACCAAGCCCUCUGCGCCUCAAGCCGAGAGCGAAGGAGAAGAACGCCCCUGGCUCCACCGCAUCGGCUCCUGCCCGAAACCGCUCAUCGAUAUGCUCAACUCCCGCGCCUGUCGCUCGGCUAUUAUGUUCAAUGACGAGCUCUCUGUCGCAGAGUGCGAGCAGCUGUUGGCGGAUUUGAGCAAGUGUGCUUUUCCGUUUAUGUGUGCGCAUGGGAGGGUUAGUAUGGUGCCGCUGGUAAAGGUUGGGGGGAUUGCGGAUGGGAGAGGGUUGUUUGCGCAAGGUGAGGAGGAGAGAGGGUUUGGAGGGGCGUUCAAGAAAUGGCGCAAAGAUAGCGGAGAGCAGGACUAG